AUGUUUGAGCUAUAUGGAGGAGCAGUCACUACUGUAUUACCAGCUGGUAUAGUUGAUGUCUCGGAUAUGAGAGAAGUCCCUGAUAAUCAAGAGGUAUUUAUAAUAGAAGAUGGAGACAAAGACGUAUCAAUAAUAUUUGAUUUGUUAGAACAAGUAGAUGCACAAGAUAUCAAUGCGGCCUUAAGAAUGCAUAUUGACGAUAUGUUGGAAACAAACCAAUUUACCAUGAUGGAGGAAAUUGACCUGAAAGUCUUGAAUACUAAAAUCCACACAUGUUAUGUGAAUUGCAAAAAUUCGAUUCAUUUAGUAAGCUUAAUACGGUUAAGCAAAGUUGAAACCGAUAUAGUUAUUUCAAUGCAUGUUGGUGAAUCAGAUAUAGAAGCUGUGAUGGAUAAGUAUUAUGGUAUUUUCAAAGUUGCUGGAGAAAAUUUCAAUAUCAAGAACUGGGAAUUAUUCAACUAA